CAGACGUCCCUACUAGGUAGUAUGGGCCUGCUCUUUAGCCGAACUAGCCAAGGGUUACCCUGGUACCUUUCUAUUCCAAUCACUCUUUUUGAGCAGUCUGACCGUCGGGGAGUCGGACCGCAAAUGCCAUUGUUCUUUCACCGUAUCUCUUUCGGGACACCAUUGUCUGUUUGCCACUCCUUUGCUUGAAAGGUCAUCUCUAGGUUCUCUCCGACCGCAUCCUCUGCCUUCUCCAUAGCAUCCAUGAGUCUGUCAGUGUUCCGUGAUUUCCUAUACUUUGGCGAGCGACAACGCUUUUCGUGUCAAGAUCUGUACAAUCGCAUCAUAACCUCCCCAAAUAUCCAACAUGCCCUUCAUAUUCCUUCUUACUCACACAUUCCUCACGCCAAUGAGCAACAUAAUGAAAUCUACAUCGAGGAUCACAACUCGAUGACCCUCCGGUCCGACCCAUAUUUUCCUCUACUCUUAAGCCGCCUCAAAGAUGAGCGUGUUCCCAUAAAUGCUAUGGAUAUUCAGGGCUUAAAUUGGUUCAAUUUCCCGAAUCCCUCAGCGUUCCGCUCAGCCCUUAUAUCCUUUCCCCACAUUUGCGUGCUGUGUCUGGGAUCAAUCACGUGCUCCAGAAACGACAUGAGAUGUCUCGUAGCCUCGCUCCCCAAGCUCAUUCGCCUCAAUUUGAAGGGCUGCAAGUUACAGGAGUGGGAUGGCACGGUGGCUGCGACCAUCCCUCGAGGACCCACGUUAGAAUCCUUCUCCAUUGAGGUCGUCGACGGCGACUAUGACGCGUGGGACCUUUUUACCAGUCCAGAGUCACCCGCCUCCUUGAAGGCAUUGAAAAGGAUCAUGAUCGAAGGAGACGGAGCCAGAGUCGUAAACGACAGAACCAUCGUCGAUCGAAUCCAAGCAUUGCUGGAUCUUCCGGAAUUUACCCUCGAGGAUUUUGACAUUGCAUAUAUUAAUUUAGAUGAAGGGCUCCAACCUCUCCAUAUCGAGGACGUGCAGGAGAUCAGCAUCACCAUAACCCUGAGCGACGAUUUCGACCAGAUGAAUCGCUGCGUCCAGUGGUGGACGACAACGUUUCUUGCCCUCCCGUCCCAGAAUAUGCUUAGUUUCAUCACCGUUGAGAUCACGGUAGACCAGCACAGGGUGCAGGGUGGUUCGAUCCCGCCAUGUGAUACGCAUUUCUGGAAGGCCCUCGACAAGGCCUUGUGUCGCCCGGAGAUAAAUCUAGAUGGUUUGCAUUUCUGGGUACAUGCGAAGCCGUCUCCCAAUUAUAUUCCUACGUAUGACUAUAGGGGAGUUAUGCACUGGCUUUACAGGUAUUGCCUUCCAAGGUGCGCAGCCAAGUACGAAUCUAAUUUCGAGUUGCAUGAUGAAUAUGACGAACUCGUCGAUUUACUUCAUAUCUAGUAUUUGACACAUUCGAUACAAUUUGUUUCCCUAUAGAUAUGGAGGAAACUCGUGUCCUGUAGAAGUUUAUCUCUUUCCUGAAGCCUGAGGCCUGAUCCGAG